AUGGCGGAACGGAGAAGUGCACCUGGCGGAGAGGUGGAACUGGAGACAGGGCAGCUGCAACAGGCUCUGAAGUCAGCUGGAAGUGACGACUCCAUCAGCACACUGGGCAUGAUCCUUGGAGUGGGACUGUCACUGCUGCUCGUGUCCAUCCUAGGCUACAGUUUGGCCAAGUGGUACCAGCGCGGGUACUGCUGGGACGGGCCUAACUUUGUCUUCAACUUAUACCAAAUCCGGAACCUGAAGGACUUGGAGGUGGGCCCACCCUUCACCAUCAGCGGCCACAUGAGCAGCCCGGAUGGUGGCUACAUGAAGUUCUCCAAUGACAGAGUCUGA